CUCGCACAUGUUUCCGUUGAGUUCCAGCGCUGAAGGUCCGAAUGAGAAGCACUUAGUAGCUAGCUACAACACGAAAAAAGUAUCGGGGGAUCUCUUUCGACGCUCUGCCUCAGAUGAAGUUGGUUAUUUUCGCUCCUAAGCUUCCAUUUGCUUCCCAAGAAAGAUAUCCUCCUUGGCACACUGAAUCAGCUCAAUUGUCCUGUCCAGCUUGACAGAAAAUGACAGAACGAGUGACCCUUUUCCGGCGGGCAGCUCUGCUGCAUCGCCCACGUCUGGCACUGCUCAUCGCUUCGAUACUUCUGCUGCUGGGAUUAGAGAUGGAGCCAUUCUUGAAAACCGGUCUCAGGUUGUUGCCUGUGCCUGGAGGUAAAAUGCUCCGGUGUCCUACGGAAGAGCAGCGCAGUGUGUGCUUCGUGAAAACGCACAAGUGCGCCAGCUCAUCCGUGCAGAACAUGCUGAUGCGCUACGGCGAGAGCCAUGGCCUGCGCUUCUUGCUUCCAAAGAGCAAGAACUACCUGGGCCAUCCAAGCCUCUUCCACCGGUCGAUGGCGCCAGGCAGGCCACCGUUCGACAUGCUGGUACACCACGCGAGAUUCCACGAGACGGAGAUGCGCGCUGUGCUGAGACAGCGGCCGCGCUUUGUCACCAUCGUACGGGAACCUGCUGCGCUAUUCGAGUCUCUGUACUCCUACUAUAAUCUAAAGAAAAUGACCAACAUGAGUCUGGAGGAAUUCGCCAGCACUGCCUUGGCGAACCGGUCAGUGAUGGGCCUGCUGGACCGAAGCCGCACCUGGAGCAAGCUGGGCUUCAACCAAAUGAGCUUCGACUUGGGAAUGGCGCCGGCGCAAUUCGGCAAUGCUUUCGCCGUGCGUCGCUUCGUUGAGCAGCUUGACGCAACGUUCGACCUGGUCAUGGUGGCUGAGCGCAUCAACGAGUCCCUGGUCCUGCUCAAGGACCUGUUAUGCUGGCACACAGAUGACGUCGUCGUCUUCAAACUUAACGCCCGGCAGAGCGCAUACCGGAAUCUCCUAAGUCCCCAGCUGGCGUCUCAGAUACGUUGGCUGAAUUCGGCUGAUGUGCACUUGUACGAGCACUUCGCUCGCCGGUUCGAGCUACGGGUUCGCCAAUUCGGCCAGGAGCGAAUGGCCAAGGAGCUGCAUUUGCUUCAGGAGCGCACGCGCUAUUGGUACGAACGCUGCGUCAUGGACGUCAAGCAACCGGACAGAAGCAGGCCCACUUCUGAAGGAAAGUUCUGGAUUAGCUCUAAGGUGGUGGUGUUCCGUGCCAAGAACGAUAGCUCAGACGAAUGCGUCCGUAUGACGUUGCCUGAGCUAGUCUACACAGAGCGCCUGCGAAAGAAGCAGUUCGGGGACACAACGGCACGUCGCCGAUGACGGCGCCCUAAGUCACCAUAGAUGGGCCGCUGAUCCCUACGGCACACUCGCGAUACGGCGUUCACAAUUUCCGCUGCGGGCGACCAAAACCAUUGCGUUGGAAGCGGAAAGAGUGAGAGGUGAAGCAUAGCACGAGCCAUCGGGACAGUCCACCUUCUUGCGAAAUAUUGUCGGCUGACAUCACUUGGCAACACCGCAGCGCGAAAAUUUUGUGAGAUGUCUACGUGACGUCGCAAUGUCCGUACACUGCUUCAGAAACAAAUGCGACACUCCUGGAACACCAGAUUGGGGAUCACCGACCGAGGACGUCUUAAUAAUAUCACCUCUACGCCUUUGUUUGCCAAAACGGGAAUUGUUGCCCUCCCAGAUACCGGUUAUUUAAAUUUACAGGAGUGGUAAAUGUGCUUCCCUGGACUAUAAAACUAUAAUCCAAGGCUAUUCCUUUAAAUACCAUAUUUGGCGUGUUUGCUCAGAUAAGUUACUUUCUAAGCUUUACAUGCUUUAUUGGUCUACUUGUGCCUCGCGGAACUUCUAUGCAAGAAGCAAAAAAGCAACCGAACCGCACUUGCGGGCACGGCCAUCUAUGUACACGCAACAACGCAGCCGAUCGUCCUAUGUGGGCACAUCCUUCCUCUGAAAGUCCAUGCAAGUCGUGGAAUCCUAGGAGAUGUGGUCUGCUGUGAAGGUUAUCUUCAUUAUACCAAACACUUUAAAAAACCUGAUAUAUGCAUUCUGUGUAACCAGAAUGUGCCCAGGACGGCUCUAACGCAUGUAGGAAAUUUGCUCUGGACACUGAAACUCCGGCCUAACAUCUCUGCAAGGAACAUCCCCUGGACGUAAUCAGCACCUACCAGAGAUAUCCAUAUUCUCGCGGUCGAUGUAGAAAUCAGCUUUGGCGGAUACCACUUCAGACCGUGGGACAUAGAUGUCGCUGAGACAAGCUUCGUGUGGGGCCGAGCUGUACACUCUAUAUUGCGUUGACGGUGCUCGUUGUUAACGUAUUUCAAAACACAAAUGUAUGAUCGUCCAGCAUUUUUACCGCCUGUUUAAUGCAAUAAUUUUUGGAAACAAUAAGUCGCGCUAACGUACCCACAUUGCCUCCUCACAGAUCUAAACCCGUCGUAUACAGCUAGCAUAGAAUAUGUGACAUCACUCGUUCGGAAUAAGCUAUCCCAACUGCAACGUUUGAAUGGCCCUGUAACCCUGCAAGAUUCUCAAUAGCCAGUAAUAGGACAGGUUCGAGGCAGCACAGCUUGUUUCGUGGCCAAGAAUGUCCUAGAUGAUGCUGACUAUUACCGUGCUUCUUUAUGCCAUGCAAAUAAGGCAAAGUUCAUAAGCGUCUUUCCGCUUGGCAGCGAUAUCACAAAGGACUAGUGAUCGGCUCGGGAGACAAACCGACCAGAUUGAAACUAGUUACCACGUGAAUCAUUGCUUUUGUUAAGUUACAUUGCCGUACUAGUGUCCCCUCCCUUCACCUUACUGCUUACUCGCAACUGCAGGUUACCAUAGCGUCGCAAGCAGUGACUUCUCAACUUCUGUAACUGAUGCACACAAGUGAAUAAAUUUGCAGAAUUUUUUUUCCCAGUGCUA